AUGAUCGCAGAGUUGGUGAGCGGCGCCCUGGGGCUCGUCCUGUAUCUCAACACCCUGGGGGCGGAUUUCUGCUACGAUGACAGCCGAGCUAUCAAGACAAACCAGGAUCUUCUGCCAGAAACUCCCUGGAUCCACAUAUUCUACAAUGAUUUUUGGGGAACUCUCCUCACCCACAGCGGGAGUCACAAGUCCUACCGUCCUCUCUGCACGCUCUCCUUUCGCAUUAACCAUGCAAUUGGAGGCAUGGAUCCUUGGAGCUACCACCUUGUAAAUGUUCUGUUACAUGCUGCAGUCACCGGGCUUUUCACAAACUUCUCCAGAAUCUUGUUUGGGGAUGGAUAUUGGACCUUAAUCGCAGGCCUGCUGUUUGCGUCUCAUCCCAUCCACACUGAAGCAGUGGCAGGAAUUGUGGGGAGGGCUGAUGUUGGAGCCUGCUUCUUUUUUCUGCUCUCAUUGAUGUGUUAUGUUAAACAUUGCUCUACAAGAAGCUACUCAACCAGCACUUGGGGCUGGAUCUUGGGGACAGGACUCUGUGCUGGCUGCAGCAUGUUGUGGAAGGAGCAAGGAGUGACUGUUCUAGCAGUUUCAGCAGUUUAUGACGUCUUUGUGUUUCACAGGCUGAAAAUGAACCAAAUCAUUCCUUCUAUAUAUAAAAGGAAGAAUUUGUCCCUUUUCUUCAGCAUUGGUUUAUUGACUUUCUGGGGGACUGCACUGCUGGGUGUCCGCUUGUACUGGAUGGGCAACAAGCCACCAAGUUUUUCCAACUCUGACAACCCAGCAGCUGACUCAGACAGUUUUCUUACACGCACUCUGACCUUUUUUUAUUUACCGACCAAGAACCUCUGGCUGUUGCUGUGCCCGGACACCCUCAGCUUUGAUUGGUCUAUGGAUGCUGUGCCUCUUCUUAAAACAGCCAGUGACUGGAGGAAUCUACACACUGUGGCCUUCUAUGCUGGACUCCUCCUCCUUGCCUAUUCUAGCUUGAAGAGUUCCAGCAAUAAGAGAGAAUGCAAUGGGAAAACUGUAAUGAAUGGCAAGCAGAAUACUAAUGGGCAUAGCUGCCACUCAGACAUGGAGUACAAGAGUUUGGAGCUGAAGUCCAGCUUUGCCUCAAAAGAAGAGAAUGGCAUAAAAAAACAUGUAAUCCAGAGACCUCAGCUUCCUUCAACUGAGAACAUUGUACUUCUGUCUCUGUCUUUGUUAAUAGUGCCCUUUGUUCCUGCCACAAACCUAUUUUUCUAUGUAGGCUUUGUAAUAGCAGAGCGUGUACUAUAUAUUCCUAGUAUGGGCUUCUGCCUGCUGAUUACAGUGGGUGCCAGGUCCCUUUAUAUCAAAGCCCAAAAGCGCUUUCUGAAGAACUUGAUUUUUUAUGCCACUGCUGCAUUAAUUCUUUUCUAUGGACUCAAGACUGUUGUCAGGAAUGGGGACUGGCAGAAUGAGGAGAUGCUGUAUAGGUCAGGGAUAAAAGUAAACCCAGCUAAAGCAUGGGGUAACCUUGGAAAUGUUCUCAAGAGCCAGAGCAAGAUUUCUGAAGCUGAAAGCGCCUAUAGAAAUGCCUUGUACUACCGCAGCAACAUGGCUGAUAUGCUUUAUAAUUUAGGAUUACUGCUGCAGGAAAACAGCAGGUUUUCAGAAGCACUACAUUACUAUAAACUGGCAAUUGGUAGCAGACCCACAUUAGCUUCUGCCUAUUUAAAUACUGGUAUUAUCCUGAUGAAUCAAGGAAAGACUGAGGAAGCCAGGAGGACGUUCCUGAAGUGUUCAGAGAUUCCUGAUGAAAAUUUGAAAGAUCCUCAUGCUCACAAGAGCUCUGUUACCAGUUGCCUUUAUAACUUAGGAAAACUCUUUCAUGAACAAGGACAUUAUGAGGAUGCCAUUAUGGUUUACAAGGAAGCAAUACAGAAAAUGCCAAGGCAGUUUGCACCACAAAGCUUAUACAACAUGAUGGGAGAAGCCUACAUGAGACUGAGUAAGCUGCCUGAAGCAGAACACUGGUAUAUAGAGUCGUUGCGAUCCAAGACUGACCACAUCCCAGCACAUCUCACAUAUGGGAAACUUCUGGCUCUCACGGGCCGCAAGAGUGAGGCAGAAAAGUACUUCUUGAAGGCUAUUCAGCUGGAUCCUACCAAAGGCAAUGGUUACAUGCAUUAUGGUCAGUUUCUCCUAGAAGAAUCCCGCCUGAUAGAAGCAGCUGAGAUGGCAAAGAAGGCAGCUGAGCUGGACAAUACAGAGUUUGAUGUUGUCUUCAAUGCAGCCCAUAUGCUCAGACAAGCCAGUCUCAAUGAAGCAGCGGAGAAGUAUUAUGAAAUGGCAGCAGGAUUGAGACCUAAUUAUCCGGCUGCCCUGAUGAAUCUUGGAGCCAUUCUUCAUCUCAAUGGUAAACUCAGAGAUGCUGAAGCAAACUACCUCCGUGCUCUCCAAUUUAAGCCAGACGAUGUCAUCACACAGUCUAAUCUUCGCAAACUGUGGAAUAUCAUGGAAAAACAAGGUUUAAAGACGUCUAAAACAUGA